AUGGAAAAACAGGUAUUGGAAAACCAAACUAUGGUGAUAGAAUUCAUCCUUCUGGGAUUUGGAGAUAUCUCAGCUCUUCACAUCCUGCUCUUUCUGGUAGUCUUGAUGAUAUACAUGUUGACCAUGGUCGGGAACAUCCUCAUUGUUGCACUUGUUGUGACUGAUCAACGCUUUCACACACCCAUGUACUACUUCUUGGGGAAUCUGUCCUGUUUGGAGUCCUGCUACAGCUCAACCAUCCUGCCCAGGAUGCUGGCCAGUUUUGUGACUGGAAACCGAUCAAUUUCUCUCACUGGCUGUUUUCUACAGAUGUACUUUUUUGGUUCCCUAGCUGCAACAGAAUGUUUCCUCCUGUCUGCCAUGUCAUAUGAUCGAUAUCUGGCCAUAUGCAAACCUUUGCACUACACAACCCUUAUGAAAAGCAGGGAUUGCCUCUAUUUAGUGACUGGAUCCUGGAUAAGUGGCUUUCUAGGAAAUACCAUAUUAUUUCCACUGUUGCAGUUAGCAUUUUGUGGGCCAAAUGAAAUUGACCAUUUCUUUUGUGACUUUAACCCUUUGUUGAAAUUAGCUUGCAGUGACACUCAUCAUAUAAUCAUAUUAGCAUUCAUGGUUGCUUGCAUUGUGACAUUGCCUCCUUUCCUCCUGACGAUGUCAUCCUAUGUUUGGAUCAUUGGUACCAUCUUGAAAAUCCCCUCCUCCAUAGGCAGGAAAAAGGCUUUCUCUACCUGUUCAUCACAUCUCAUUGUGGUCACUAUUUUCUAUGGGUCCCUGAUGAUUGUCUAUAUGUUGCCUGACACUCAGAUGCUGAGGGACUUGAACAAACUCUUCUCUGCCCUUUACACUGUCUUGACACCUAUGGUCAAUCCCCUCAUAUACAGCCUGCGAAAUAAAGAAGUGAAACAGGCCCUGAAGAAGAUUCAAGAGAAGAUAAUUCAAGCUAGAUUUCUCAGCUAG